GUCCCGUUAGAUUCUCGGCAUUGGUGGGAAGGACUGGUUGCAGCGUAGUGCCUUUCGAAAGAGGAGCAGAAAGGCGCAUCCUGCACCCAGUGAUUACCUGAUACAGAGCCCAUGGCGGAGAUAGUCGUGCAGUUCUGGGUUUUUCUGAAAGCUGUGGGAAUGAGGAGUAAAGUAUUAAGAGUAUUAAGGGAGAGCAUGGCCCUUCCGCUUUAAGAAGCUGUAUACAGAAAACAUGCGCAGAAGUAGGAGUUUAAUAGCUGAGGUCAGGGGAUCCCGUGUGUAUGAAACCCUCUCACUUGGCAGGCCUCACCAGAUGCCCCUGUUGGUGCCAGGAAUAGAGCUCUGGAGCUGGGCUGGAAGGACACCUCUAGCAUGACAGGUGUCGACAUCCCACCUGCUUUGUAAUCAUGAAGGAAACAGACCGGGAGGCUGUUGCGACAGCGGUCCAGAGGGUUGCUGGGAUGCUUCAGCGCCCGGACCAGCUGGAUAAAGUCGAGCAGUAUCGCAGAAGAGAGGCCCGGAAAAAGGCCUCUGUGGAGGCCAGAUUGAAGGCUGCGAUCCAGUCCCAGUUGGAUGGUGUGCGUACAGGCCUGAGCCAGCUCCACAGCGCGCUGAACGACGUCACAGACAUCCAGCGGUCCCUGGCCGAUGUCAGCAGAGACUGGAGGCAGAGCAUCAACACCGUUGAGAGUCUCAAGGAUGUGAAGGACGCUGUUGUGCGGCACAGCCAGCUUGCUGCCGCCGUGGAAAACCUCAAGAACAUCUUCUCAGUGCCCGAGAUCGUGAGGGAGACCCAGGACCUCAUAGAACAGGGGGCACUCCUGCAGGCCCACCGGAAGCUGAUGGACCUGGAGUGCUCCCGGGACGGGCUGAUGUAUGAGCAGUACCGCAUGGACAGUGGGAACACUCGUGACAUGACCCUCAUCCACGGCUACUUCGGGAGCACACAGGGGCUUUCGGACGAGCUGGCCAAGCAGCUGUGGAUGGUGCUGCAGAGGUCACUGGUCACUGUUCGCCGUGACCCCACCUUGCUGGUCUCAGUUGUUAGAAUCAUCGAAAGGGAAGAAAAAAUUGACAGGCGCAUACUCGACCGAAAAAAGCAAACUGGUUUUGUUCCUCCCGGGAGGCCCAAGAACUGGAAGGAGAAAAUGUUUGCCAUCUUGGACAGAACUGUGACCACGAGAAUUGAGGGCACACAGGCAGACACCAGGGAGUCGGACAAGAUGUGGCUCGUCCGCCACCUGGAAAUUAUACGGAAGUACGUGCUAGAUGACCUCAUUGUUGCCAAAAACCUGAUGGUUCAGUGUUUCCCCCCGCAUUAUGAAAUCUUCAGAAACCUCCUGAGCAUGUACCACCAGGCCCUGAGCACGCGGAUGCAGGAGCUCGCGUCCGAAGACCUGGAAGCCAAUGAGAUCGUGAGCCUGUUGACUUGGGUCUUGAACACCUACACAAGUGCAGAGAUGAUGGGGAACGCGGAGCUGGCCCCAGAAGUGGAUGUCAGCACCCUGGAGCCUUUGCUUUCUCCAGAUGUGGUCUCUGAGCUGCUUGACACAUACAUGUCGACUCUCACUUCAAACAUAAUUGCCUGGCUGCGGAAAGCACUAGAAACAGACAAGAAAGACUGGCUGAAAGAGACGGAGCCCGAAGCCGACCAAGACGGGUACUACCAGACGACACUCCCUGCCAUCGUCUUCCAGAUGUUUGAACAGAAUCUCCAAGUUGCUGCUCAGAUAAGUGAAGACCUGAAAACAAAGGUACUAGUUCUGUGUCUUCAGCAAAUGAAUUCUUUCCUGAGCAGAUACAAGGACGAAACCCAGUCGUACAAAGAACAACACCUGAGGGACCGGCAGCACCCGCACUGCUACGUGCAGUAUGUGAUCGCCAUCAUCAACAACUGCCAGACCUUUAAAGAAUCCAUAGUCAGUUUAAAGAGGAAGUACUUGAAAAGUGACGCGGAAGCAGGCGUGUCUCUGAGCCAGCCAAGCAUGGAUGGGAUUCUGGACGCCAUUGCGAAGGAAGGCUGUGGCAGCCUGCUGGAGGAGGUCUUCCUGGACCUGGAGCAACAUCUCAGUGAGCUGAUGACGAGGAAGUGGCUGUUGGGGUCCAACGCCGUGGACACCAUUUGUGUUACCGUGGAAGACUAUUUCAAUGACUUUGCCAAAAUUAAAAAGCCGUAUAAAAAGAGGAUGACGGCAGAGGCGCAGCGGCGCGUGGUGCUGGAGUACCUGCGGGCCGUCAUGCAGAAGCGCAUCUCCUUCCGCAGCGCAGAGGAGCGCAAGGAGGGCGCAGAGAGGAUGGUCCGGGAGGCCGCGCAGCUCCGCCACCUGUUCCGGAAGCUGGCCUCCGGUUUUGGGGAGGAUGCAGAUGGGUACUGUGACACCAUCACUGCCGUCGCAGAAGUUAUUAAGCUGACAGACCCGUCUCUUCUCUAUCUGGAAGUCUCCACGCUGGUCAGCAAAUACCCAGACAUCAGGGAUGACCACAUCGGUGCACUGCUGGCCAUGCGGGGGGACACCAGCCGGGACAUGAAGCAGACCAUCAUCGAGACGCUGGAGCAGGGCCCGACGCAGGCAAACCCGAACUACGUGCCCAUCUUCAAGGAGAUCGUGGUCCCCAGUCUGAACGUGGCGAAGCUCCUCAAGUAGCCCGUGGGCCCCAGCCUCGCUGUGGCGCUGUGCCCGUCCCCCACCCGUGGCCCCGGCCUUGUGACGCUGUGCCCGUCCCCCACCCUUGGAAAUGCGUGGCGGCCAGAGGGACAUGAGACGCCCAGGUCCCGCAUGCCUGCCUCUGGUGGGACCGCGCUCGUGGCUUCUUGAUGAGUGAGCUCUCUGAUGGUCAUGGCUCUUCUGGUUUUCUCCUCUCUUGUCGUUUGAGGGGGCCUCAUGGUGCCUGUCCCCCUUAAUCCCUGGGUCUCCCCUCAUUUCUGCACGGUGUAAACACCUCCAAAACUCUGCCACUCAAUAAAAGAGUCUAAACUCUUGCAGGAAAA